UCCCUCUCCUCUUUGUUUCAAAGCCAAAACACACCAUAUCUAUCUGUUCUUCAAUCAAUAUCAAUCUAUACAAAUUCAUAUAUAUUUUUCCACAUAAUGGUCGAUUUGGACUGGAAAGCAAAGAUGGUUACUGCUGAUUCACCCAACAAAUCACCCAAACUUUCAUCCAAGCUCAACAUUUCUGUACCGUUGCCGAUUCGAGUCGGCGGUUUAUCGCCGUCGUCUGACUCGGUUUUUUUGGCUUACGAGCACUACCUUCGUCUUCCGGAGCUGAGGAAGCUAUGGGGUUGCGGAGAGUUUCCGAGUUGGAAGAACGAGUCAGUUCUUAGACCUGCGUUGCAAGCUUUGGAGAUCACGUUUAGGUUCGUUUCAACGGUUUUGUCUGAUUCGAGACCGUAUGCGAAUAGGAGGGAGUGGAGGAGGAGGUUGGAGGAGCUUGGGACGACUCAGGUUGAGCUCAUAGCUCUUCUCUGCGAAGACGAGGAUGACGAGACACGUGGCGCGGCUCCGAUCGUCGAUCUGAGUUCUUCGGGAGGCGUGUUGGCUCGCGACGGGAGCUCGGCGGAGGUGUGGAAGCUCUCCGGCGAGACGACGGUGGUGAGCCGAACCAGCGAAGCCAGUUUGUUGCCUCGGCUCGUCACGUGGAAGAAAUCCGAAGAUGUUGCAGAGAAGAUUCUGUACUCCAUCGAGUGCGCGAUGAGGAGGUGUCCGUACACUCUAGGUUUGGGAGAACCGAACCUCAGCGGCAAGCCGAGCCUCGACUAUGAUCUGGUAUGCAAGCCAUCGGAGCUUCAUUCUCUGAAGAGAAGCCCAUCGGAUCUCAUGAAUCUCGAGAAUCACGAGAACCGAACGGUCUACACAACGCAACAGAUCUUGGAGUCAUGGAUCUGCGUUUCACAACAACUUUUGAAACGAAUCGGCGAGAGAAUCGAUUCGAAGGACUUCGAAAGAGCUUCAAGCGAUUGCUGGAUUCUCGAAAGGAUAUGGAAACUUCUCUCCGAAAUUGAAGAUGUGCAUCUACUCAUGGAUCCUGACGAUUUUCUCCGAUUGAAGAACCAGCUCUCGAUCAAAGCCUCGUCCGAAUCUGAAGCUUUUUGCUUCCGAUCGCGAGGACUCAUCGAGAUCACGAAGCAAUCGAAGGAUCUGAAGCACAAAGUUCCGUACAUCCUGGGCGUGGAAGUGGAUCCGAUGGGAGGGCCGAGGAUCCAAGAGGCGGCGAUGAAGCUUUACAGGAAGAAAUUAGGGUUUGAGAAGAUUCAUUUGCUUCAGGCUUUGCAAGCGAUCGAAUCGGCGUUGAAGAAGUUCUACUACUCGUACAAGCAGUUGAUUGUGAUCGUGAUGGGGAGUCUGGAGGCGAAAGCAAAUCGAUCGUUCAUGACCGUCGAUUCGAGCGAUUCAUUGUCUGAGAUCUUCCUCGAACCGACCUAUUUCCCGAGUUUGGACGCUGCGAAAACGUUUCUCGGAGAAUAUUGGAGUCAGGAGCAUGGCAGAAACGGUAGUAUCGCAAAGAAGUGAGUCAACACAGUUGGACUCGUCCGAGUUCAUGGCAGUGGACUCGGGUUUCUGAGGGAUUAUAUACUGGGCACACUUGGGAAUUAUUUAAAAUUAUUAUACUAUUAUUUGUUUUUUUCAAAUUUUGUAUACACAUUUUGUAUUAGAGUUUUUUUCUUUCUUGUAAAAUGAUUCUUCUAAAAAUGAGAUUCUUUAUCAAUGAUCCAUACAUGUUUAAGUUGA